AUGAGCAGAAGAGAUGCUCGAUCAAAGUACGACUGGAACAAUCUGGAAGUCCUCCAUCGCAACACACUCUCCCCUCGCAGUCAUUUCUUCCUCUACCCUACCGAGCAAGAAGCCCUUGACGCCGCCCUGACCCACGACACAAGCCACUCCAAAUCCCAGCUCCUCUCCGGGACCUGGAAGUUCCACCUCAGCGCCAGUCCACUCAGCGGCCCAAAAAGUUUCUUCGAGGACGACUAUGAUGUUUCGGACUGGCGUGAUAUCGAGGUCCCAGGAAUGUGGCAGCUACAGGGCUUCGGUCAGGGCCCGCAGUACACCAAUGUGCCGUACCCUUUCCCCUGUGAUCCGCCGUAUGUGCCACUGGAUGAGAACGAGUGUGGGCGCUAUGUGCGGACUUUUACUAUCGGGAGUCAAGAGACUCUAGGGGAUGAUCAAAUCCGGCUCCGUUUUGAAGGGGUGGACUCUGCUUUUAGCGUGUGGGUGAAUGGGAUUGAUGUAGGUUAUUCGCAGGGCUCGAGGAACCCGUCCGAGUUUGACAUCACGGGUUUGGUGAGGAGAGAAGAGGGCCAGGUGAAUACCUUGGCGGUGGAGGUUUACCAGCGAUGCGACGGUAGCUACAUCGAGGACCAGGACCAGUGGUGGCUGUCGGGCAUCUUCCGCGAUGUCUACCUCCUCUUCUUCCCCAGAGACCACCUCAAAGACUAUAGCAUCGAAACCCUUUUAGGCGACCAAAACGGGUCUGCAGAGGUCCGAGUCCGCCUGGAAGGGAGUGACCCUUCCUUACCUGUCGAGGUCACCCUCUACAAUCCCGACGGCACCGAGGCUAUAUACAACAACACCACAGCAGCCUCCACCGCCAACUCACCACUCAUCCUGGCCAUCGACAAGCCCCAGCUAUGGACAGCCGAGACCCCCAAACUCUACUCCCUCACCCUCCACGUCUCGGGAACCACCGCCUAUAUCUGCCAGCGUAUAGGUCUCCGUAACAUUCACCUCAUCCCCAAUGCCGGUCUCCAUAUCAAUGGCCACCCAAUCAAGCUCCGCGGUGUAAAUCGUCACGAGCACCACCCAGACACCGGCCGAGCCGUGCCCUUGCCCUUCCUGCGCCGCGACCUCUUGCUCAUGAAGACACACAACAUCAACGCUAUCCGCACCUCGCACCAGCCCAAUGACCCACGUCUGUACGACCUCGCGGACGAGCUGGGUCUGUAUGUACUGGACGAGGCGGACCUCGAGUGCCAUGGGUGCCAGAUCGCCGUCCAAGGCACCGAUCCCGCAGCUCUGCUGUCGGAUAACCCGCGGUGGGAGGCGGCGUACCUCGACAGAGCGGUGCAGUUGGUGCAGCGGGAUAAGAACCAUGCGUGCGUCAUCUGUUGGAGCCUGGGCAACGAGUCCUUUUAUGGGCAGAAUCAUGAGGCCAUGUAUCGUUAUAUCAAGGGUGUGGACGGGUCACGGCCGGUGCACUAUGAGGGGGACCAGAAUGCUGAGACGGCGGAUUUGUUCUCGAGGAUGUAUAUGCCCGUGGACGCCUUGAUCAUCGCCGCAAAGGAAGAGAGAUGGGAGAAGCCGUACGUGCUCUGCGAGUAUGCACAUGCAAUGGGAAACGGGCCAGGCGCCAUUAGGGAGUAUAUCGAGGCCUUCUACAAGUACCCGAGACUGAUAGGUGGAUUUGUGUGGGAGUGGGCAAACCAUGGGCUAAGGACGCAAACCGGCGGUGGUGUCGGGUUUAUGGGAUAUGGCGGUGACUUUGGAGAUGAGCCCAACGACGGCUGUUUUGUCAUGGAUGGACUGGUGGACUCGAGCCACAACCCGACGCCUGGUCUCGUCGAGUACAAGAAAGCCAUCGAGCCCGUCCAGACGCUCAAGGUCGAGGGGAAAGGCGUGAGGGUCGUCAACCGGUAUGACUUCCUCACCCUUGAUCACCUCUCUUGCCGAUACACCAUCAUAUCUGAGGACAGAACCAUCGAAGAAGGCAAUGCGGUGAUUCCCAAAGGCAUUCAACCUCACACAGAGGCCAUCGUCUCACUCGAUCCAAAGGCCACCCCGCCGCCCAACAAGGAACUCUACCUCACUCUCUUCUUCUCCCUUCGCGAGAGCACACUCUGGGCAGAGGCAGGGCAUAUCGUCGCCACAGGCCAGCUGCAGCUCGCACCUCCCAGGAGCAUCGCCCAGCUCUUGGCCCGCCAGCCGUCGCCCAUCAGCAGAGAAGCGCUCACCGUCGCGCAGACCUCGCCUGAGCUACUCCAAAUCACAGCCCGCUCGCCCACGCAAAUUGUCUGGACCUUUGAUCUCGCCCGUGGGCACCUCGCCGCCUGGGAGCGCGGCCGCCAGCGCCGCAGCAUCCUCGCCUCCCCGCUGACCUUCGAGCUCUACCGCGCCCUCACGAACAAUGACGCCGGUGGGGACGACCCGAACGGCACACCGGGGUCGCAGGGCCGCCAGUGGCGCGACGCCCGUGUUCAUCUCGUGCGCGACCACCACAUCGCGACACAGGCGACGGCGGGUGCAUUCUGGAAGAGAACUCGCACGCCGGAAGGGGCAGAUGUGGUCCUCUUGCGAGUCACGUCGCGCAUCGCGCCGCCUGUGCUGGGCUGGGGCAUCGACGUCACGACCACCUACCGGUUCACUGCCGCAACGGGCGGGGGCUCAGAAGGCGGAGGCGGCCGACGCCGCUCAAGGGCCGCGCUGCACAUCCAGAUCGACGCCAGGAUGUCUGGGCCCUGGACACCGCCAUCGCUCCCGCGCUUCGGCCUCGUGGCGGCCCUGCGCGGAUGUCUCGGUGCGAGCUGGUUCGGGCGGGGGCCUGGCGAGUCGUACCGCGACAAAAAGGAGUCGCAGCUCUUCGGGACGUACACCUGCGCGACUGCGGACCUCGCCACAGAUUACGAGGUCCCGCAGGACAACGGCAACCGCACCGACGUGCGGUGGGUGGAAUUCCGAGGCGCCAAGGCCAAGAUGGCGGGGCAGCACCCUAACGACAACGAAGAGGUCGACGGUGAUGAUGGUGAUGACGAUGACGACAGGGGUUACCGACUGCUGAGAGCGCGGUUCGGGGAAUUGGAAGGAGCUAGCUUCUCUGCUUCGAGGUACACCACUCAGGAGCUAGACAGAGCGAGGCACCCUUACGAGCUGCGGGCUCUGGCCAGAGCACGGGAGGAGGGGGAAAAGAAGGAGGAGGAGGAGGGGCAGGUGACGUGGGUACAUCUGGACUGGAUGCACCACGGGCUGGGCACAGGGAGUUGUGGGCCUCAGACCCUGCCGCAGUACAGACUGGAGCAGAAGGAGUUCAACUUGGAGAUUGUCCUGGACUAGGGAUGGUCGCAGGGUUGCACGGACGAGUCGCGGGGACGAACGGCUUCCAGGGCCAGACGAGAUCGCUUGCUGCAAGGCUGCGGGAUCCGCGAAAUUGUGGGUGGAUUCCGUCCGUUGCGACCCACCUGGUUGUGAAGAUCGUUGGCUGUCACCAUGUACCAUGACAUGCAUCGUACAUGGUUCUGAGUCUACGUGAGCACAUAUGCACACAUACCACCCCUCCUUCUCUCUUGCCCCCCCCCCCUCCCCUUCGCUAAACACCACUCAAUGAAGGCAGCAGUUCCGAGGG